GUUUAUAGCCACUUGGAACGCGGCGCUCUCCAGCGCGCUCGGGUGCGGCACUGGGCUCGCGGUCCGAGUGUGGGACUUGCGCGGCGGGCUCCAGCGCUCCCGGCGAAACCGACCGAGGCCUUCCCCGCCCUCGUCCGCCUCCUGCUCGCCAUGGAGUCGCUGGCCUUCUCCCGGAGGCUCGGCUCGGCCUCCUCGGCCGCCGCCAUCCUGGCCGACGGGCUCAUCAAGUCGCCCAAACCCCUGAUGAAGAAGCAGGCGGUGAAACGGCACCACCACAAGCACAACCUGCGGCACCGCUACGAGUUCCUGGAGACCCUGGGCAAGGGCACCUACGGCAAGGUGAAGAAGGCGCGCGAGAGCUCAGGGCGCCUGGUGGCCAUCAAGUCCAUCCGGAAGGACAAAAUCAAAGAUGAACAGGAUCUGAUGCACAUUCGACGGGAGAUAGAGAUCAUGUCGUCGCUCAACCACCCCCACAUCAUUGCCAUCCAUGAAGUAUUCGAGAACAGCAGCAAGAUCGUGAUUGUCAUGGAGUACGCCAGCCGGGGCGACCUGUACGACUACAUCAGCCAGCGGCAGCGGCUCAGCGAGCGCGACGCCCGGCACUUCUUCCGGCAGAUCGUCUCCGCCGUGCACUACUGCCACCAGAACGGGGUUGUCCACCGAGACCUCAAGCUGGAGAACAUCCUCUUAGAUGCCAACGGCAAUGUCAAGAUUGCCGACUUUGGCCUCUCCAACCUCUACCACCAAGGCAAGUUCCUGCAGACGUUCUGCGGGAGCCCGCUCUACGCCUCGCCCGAGAUCGUCAAUGGGAGGCCGUACACGGGCCCAGAGGUGGACAGCUGGUCCCUGGGCGUUCUCCUCUACAUCCUGGUACACGGCACCAUGCCCUUCGACGGGCAGGACCACAAGACGCUGGUGAAGCAGAUCAGCGAUGGGGCCUACCGGGAGCCCCCGAAGCCCUCUGAUGCCUGUGGCCUGAUCCGGUGGCUGCUCAUGGUGAACCCCACCCGCCGGGCCACCCUGGAGGAUGUGGCCGGUCACUGGUGGGUCAACUGGGGCUACGCCACCCGCGUCGGGGAGCAGGAGGCCGCGCACGAGGGUGGACACCCAGGCAGCGACUCUGCACGCACCUCCGUGGCUGACUGGCUCCGGCGCUCCUCCCGCCCCCUCCUGGGGAACGGGGCCAGGGUGUGCAGCUUCUUCAAGCAGCACGCGCCUGGGACGGCGAGCACCAGCCCGGGCCUGGAGCGCCAGCACUCGCUCAAGAAGUCGCGCAAGGAGAACGACGUGGCCCAGGCCCGCCAGGGCGCCCCAGCCGACGACACCGCCGCGCGCUCCGGCAAGAGCAACCUCAAGCUGCCCAAGAGCAUCCUGAAGAAGAAGCUGUCAGUCUCCUCGGAUCCUCGGGAGCCCGGCCCGGGCCCCGCCAGCGCAGGGCAGGCGGAACCCCCGCUCCCCAGGAAAGGCAUCCUGAAAAAGCCGCAGCGCGAGUCCGGCUACUACUCGUCCCCGGAGCCCAGCGACUCGGGGGAUCUCCUGGAUGCAGGUGACGUGUUUGUGAGCGGGGACCCCCCGGUGCAGAGGGCCCCCCCAGCCUCAGGGCUGCUCCACCCCAAGGGCAUCCUCAAACUCAACGGCAAGUUCUCCCGCGAGGCUUCAGAUCGCACGGCCCCCACCGCCUUCGGCUCCUUGGACCAACUGGCCUCUCCACGAGCCCCGCCCCGGGCCAGCCGGCCCUCGGGGGCCGUGAGUGAGGACAGCAUCCUGUCCUCCGAGUCCUUCGACCAGCUGGACCUGCCCGAGCGGCUCCCAGAGCCCCCGCUGCGGGGCUGUGUGUCUGUGGACAACCUCUCCGGGCUGGAGGAGCCCCCCGCGGGGGGUCCUGGCAGCUGCCUGAGGCGCUGGAGGCAGGACCCCCUGGGGGAAAGCUGCUUCUCUCUGACGGACUGCCAGGAGGUGACACAGACCUACCGCCAGGCCCUGGGGGUCUGCUCUAAGCUCAGCUGAGGGUGCCCGGCAGGCUCCAAGAUGCAACGAACUGGCGGCACCCUAGGGGGUGGUGCCUGAGCCCCGGGCGGGCGGGCAGGCAGCCUGCAAAGGAAGCAUGGUAGGGGUCUGAUGCCUUCAGCCCCAGGAACCAAGAUGAUAGGCAGAAAGAGUGGAGAAGUAGGCGCAAGGGAAAGGCCUGGGCGUCUUCUGCCUGUGUUUUGUGCACGGGUUAGGGGACAGGGGACAAGCAGGGAGACCUAGAAGGAGCGCCUGCCCUAGCCGUGCCCGUCGCUUUCACCUGCUGUGAAUGAGUUUUCCAGGUGGCGCCUGCCAAGGGCAGCCUCUUCCCUACUCUUCCUGUGCCCGAGUGGGGCUGGCACACACACACACACACACGCGCGCACCGCCGGCCACUAGAACUGGAACGUGGCGCCUCUGCUGUGCUGGGGGUGGCCUGCAGUAACCCUUCCUUAUUUAUCCCAGCAGCCAGAGAGCGCAGCGGCCGCGGCUCUCUCCCCUUCCCCCUUGAGCCCGAGCCCCCUCGAGUCGCUGCUAUGGACCUCAAAGGCUUGGCAAGGCUCGGGCUGCUGUGCAGAUUUCAUCUCAAGGGGGCCGGACUCCUCCG